AUGUUGAAAUCUUUAUUUAGCGCAGGUUUGCAGACGCAAGCGGUCAGACUUACAAGGACGCAUUUGGUUCCUUUGGGUCAAUUGGGCCGUGUGGGUGGUCUAAGUGUUCCCAAGGUGACUGUUCGUCAGUCUUUGAUGAUGUCUGGCUCUUUGACAAGACAGUUCCAUACGAGUUUUGCUCGCUUCAAAGACGAGGAGCCCGUUGCGGAGUCCAAGGUGCUUGUCAAGCGUGAAAAAACCUCGUUUUGGACAGAGACUGCCGUUGGCCGUGUUUUGAAGUUGUUUGUGAUCACCUCUGGUGUUGUUAGUGGAUCGGUUUUGUUGCUUCUUGCUGCAUUCUUCGUUUACGAUUACACCACCUACACCCCUCCAGAAAUUAUAGAUAACUUGCUGGUUCCAGAAAGCGCUUUGAAUCCUCCUCGUGGGGGUCCUGAAAACUUGCCGAUCUUGACAGAUCAUCUUGACACCUUCGACAACCCGGCCAAGGAGCAGCUCAGAAGAAAGCCGCACUUGGUGGUGCUGGGAUCCGGCUGGGGUGCUGUCGGUAUGCUCGGCAACCUUGAUAAGAACGACUACGACGUGACAGUGAUCUCGCCAACCAACUACUUUCUGUUCACGCCGAUGCUCCCGAGCGCGGCCGUGGGAACUUUGGAGCUCAAGUCAUUGAUGGAGAGUAUUCGGCACAUUGUGCGCCGUGUGAACGGCCACUACUUAGAAGCCUCCGCAGAAAAAGUGUUGUUUAGUGAAAAGCUCAUCAAGGUCAGAGUCAAGGGAUCUGGCCAGGAGUUCUACGUCCCUUACGACAAGUUGGUCAUCGCUGUGGGGUCCACAGCAAACACUCACGGCGUGAAAGGUCUGCAAUACAGCAACCAACUGAAAAUCGCCGAGGAUGCCAUGGAGAUCCGUCGGAAAAUCGUCACCAACUUAGAAACUGCAUGUUUGCCAACCACCUCGGACGAAGAGAGAAAAAAACUACUGUCAUUUGUCAUUUGCGGUGCCGGACCAACAGGAGUUGAGAUGGCUGCCGAAAUUUUCGACUUGAUGAACGAAGAUCUUACUAGAAGUUUCCCAAAGAUCCUUAGACAGGAGAUUUCCAUCCAUAUUAUUCAGUCCAGAUCGCAUAUCCUCAACACCUACGACAAGACCAUCUCCGAGUUCGCCAUGGGCCGGUUCGAGCAUGACCAAAUUGACCUGCUCACCAACUCUAGAGUGAGAGAAAUCUUGCCAGAUCAAGUGAUCUUUGACCAGAAAAACUCAGACGGCACCCUCGAAACUAAGAGCGUUCCGUUCGGACUGUGUUUAUGGUCCACUGGUGUGGCCCAAAACCCGCUCGCUCAACAGGUGGUGAAGGAUCUGUCUGCGUACCAGAAAAACAAGCGAGCUAUCGAGACAGACGCGCAGCUGCGUGUUCUUGGAGCACCUUUGGGCGAUGUGUAUGCCAUUGGUGACUGCUCCACUGUGCGUACCGAGCUGGCAGAGCAUUGCUCCGAUUAUGUGAGAAAGUACAUCAUUGGCUCGCAGUCUCCGCAGUUUGUCAAGUCCCGCCAUAUUAUCACAGACGAUGACAUCAAGCACGUGGACCUGACGUAUUUCGAGCUCAAACAGCUGUGCAACCAGAUCUCGCAGCAGAACCCACUUGCAGCGGGUCCGCUCGGUCUUGUGGAGGAGCUGAUCCCCAAAUACGACGCCGAAAAGCGCGGAAGACUCACUUUUGACCAGGUCAAGCUCCUCAUGAAGGAGGUGGACUCGAAGGUCACCUCGCUGCCAGCCACCGCCCAGCGUGCUAACCAGCAGGGUAAGUAUAUGGGCAAAAAACUGUCGAAGCUGCGCAAAUCGUCAACGACCCUAUCAAUUAAUGACAUUGUGGACGGAGACAUUGACAAUGCCAUUGCUCGUCCUUUCAAAUACAAGCAUUUGGGCUCCCUGGCUUAUAUCGGAAACUCGGCUGUGUUUGAUCUUCCAGGAUACUCUUUUGUGGGAGGCUUGAUUGCCGUCUAUCUGUGGAGAAGUAUUUACUUUGCCCAGAGUGUCAGUUUCAGAACCAGAGUGCUGUUGUUCAUGGACUGGCUCAAUAGAGGAAUCUUCGGAAGAGACAUCCUGACCGUUUAA